CUCGCAUUCCGCCAGCUUUCUGCCGUUACCGAGAGCGCGCGAGGGGGGACUUUUCCAUUUCUCUCGCUUUUUGAGGAUUUUAACGCAUUUUCACUAUUAUUCAAUCGGACCAGAGAGGAGAGAAAAAAAACACGGGUUACUUUGGAGAAAGCACAAUGUCAGCGACCUUCCCCGGACUUGUCCACGACGCAGAGAUACGUCACGACGGAUCAAACAGCUACCGGCUCAUGCAGCUCGGCUGCCUGGAGUCCGUGGCCAACUCCUCGGUCGCCUACUCCUCCUCCUCCCCGCUGGCCCGGGCGGGGACGGAGUUCGCCUCGCCCUACUUCUCGGCCAACCACCAGUAUACGCCUCUCCACCACCAGUCCUUCCACUACGAGUUCCAGCACUCGCACCCGGCCGUGGCCCCGGAGGCCUACGGGCUGAACUCGUUGCAUUCGGGCCAGUACUACCAGCAGAUCCACCACGGAGAGCCCGCCGACUUCAUCAACCUGCACAACGCACGCUCUGCGCUCAAGUCCUCGUGUCUGGACGAGCAGCAGCGGCGCGAGCUGGGCUGCCUCGAUGCUUACCGGCGCCAUGACCUGUCGCUGAUGACGUCACACAGCUCCCAGGCCUACGGCGUCGGCAUGCACCACCCGGACCAGAGGCUGCUGCCCGGCGCCGGUCUGGGCCUACUCCCUGCUCGUCCUAAUGAUUGCAUGUCUCCGCAGGGCUCCGUGGAAGCGCAGUGUGGGCUCGUGCUGAACGGCCAAGGGGGCGUCAUCCGGAGAGGGGGAACAUGUGUGGUGAAUCCUACAGAUCUGUUCUGCUCGGUGCCAGGUCGACUGUCACUACUCAGCUCCACCUCCAAAUACAAAGUGACCAUUGCCGAGGUGAAAAGAAGACUGUCCCCACCAGAGUGCCUCAACGCCUCCCUACUGGGCGGCAUACUGCGCAGAGCAAAGUCUAAGAACGGAGGCCGGUGUCUUCGGGAGAAAUUAGAUCGUCUAGGCCUCAACCUGCCAGCAGGACGAAGGAAAGCUGCUAACGUCACACUGCUCACCUCCCUGGUGGAAGGUGAGGCACUGCACCUGGCGAGGGACUUUGGCUACACCUGUGAGACAGAGUUUCCCAGCAAGGCAGUGGGAGAGCAUUUGGCGAGACAGCACAGCGAGCCGAAAGAAACCAGCGCACGCAAGAAGAUGGUUCUAGCUACAAAGCAAAUCUGUAAGGAGUUCCAGGACUUGUUGAGCCAAGAUCGUUCUCCUCUGGGCUCCUCCAGACCAACCCCCAUUCUGGACCUGGACAUCCAGAGACACCUCACACACUUCAGUUUGAUCACUCACGGCUUCGGCACGCCGGCAGUCUGUGCGGCUCUCAGCACCUUCCAGACGGUCCUCAGUGAGAUGCUCAACUACCUGGACAAAAACUCAAGUGGGAAAACGAGUGGACCCACCGACCAGCAGAUCAACAACAGCUCAGAAAAGACGCAGCUCCGGAAAACAGCCGAGCCCCAGAGCAAAGACGGGAAAACAGAAAAGACUGAGUAGCCCCCACCUGGUGCCCGUGCCUUGGAGCGCUGCAUUUAGGAGUGUGUGUGUGUGUGUGUGUGUGAGUGUGUGUGUGUGUGUACACUCAGAAAUACAGUGUCUUCUCUGGGACAUUUCAUAUUCACUCUUAUUUAUUUAUGUUGAAAUGUAACACUAACCUGAACUGCUCCAAAUAACACACCCUGAUGUGUGAGUAAAAAUGACAUCUCCUGUGUAAGUGUGUGUGUGUGUGUGUGUGUGUGUGUGUGUUGUGCACAUUACGACAAGGAGGAGCCUCGCCAUGGAGAUGGCUGUGACUCAUCCCAGACUUUUGUUUAUUGAUUAAUUCUGAAAACAGGAAGCAAACAUGAACAUGCUGACAUCACAGCUUUGCAGGACAGGGGUGGGAACUGCCAACAUACUAUUACAUACAUUACAUACAAAAAAACAAAGGUUUUUUGGCAAUUACAUUUCUAUCCAGUUAAUUCAGGUGUGGAUUUUCUGAAAAAAAGUUAAGAAACAAACACUUUUUUAACUCUGAAAGUUCAUUUUCUAUUAAAUAAUUAAAAGAAACGUCUGAUAGUGACCACUAAAGCCCUAAUUUUGCUUACAUUUACAGUCCAAAAAUUUUUUUCACUGAUAAAACUGCGAAAAAAAAAAAACCUAACCAAGCCCAGGCCCUGAUAAAUACACACAGUCUGUUUUGUAACCGUGAGAGCAGUUGAAGCAAAUCAUAUUUUUUACUUUUACACCAAACAACCAGUGCCAUAGCAACCAGUGUGUUUAUCAUGUGGAAGACAGAGAAAAACUGGAUGUCACACUGAUAUAACACAAUUGCCUGGGGUAGGAUACACUAUUGUGUGUGUCUCUGUGUGUGUGCGCGUGUGUGUGUGUGAUAUAAAGAGAGUGAAAGCAAGAGAGAAGGGUCCAACUCAGCCAUUUUGUAAAAGGUGACUUUGCAGUUGCCAUCAUUACUCUUCCCUGUGCAUGUCUAUCUUUGUACACCCCCAGAUCGCAAGUUUAGCCAACACGAGCUCUCGGACUCACUCAUGAACAUUUGUAAAGAUAUAUAUAAAUAUUUAAAUUACUUUUCUUGUAGGCUUUCAACUAUAUAUAAAA